CCCUCAUGGGCCUCUUGUUUUCCCAGAACAAGACUUAAAUAUCAUAUGCUCUCAGAUGUGAGAAGCUGGAGAAGAUGUCGAAGAAAGAGAGGCUUGAACAUUGGCAAAGCUCACAGAAGCAGUGGGCGAGGAUGUUUGUCAAGGACAUAUACCUGCUGUUUGAACGUACAAGGUCCAAGCUUGUGAAUCUAAGGCUGCUGUCUGGAGAUGUCAUUCAAGAUUUGAUGGUGUUGAGCAGCAAGAUGUUGGAGAGGGUUCAGGCCGCUGUUGCAGUGCAGCUCUUUGACCAUCGUAAGAGUACGGUCCACUUAGAAGGACAACUGAGAAGACACCCGAACAGAUCCAGAUUCAAGACAAAAAAGAACAACAAUCUCCAUGAGCUAAGGAUCUCCAUGCUGGCCCUCCACCUCUCCAUCGAGGCCGUGACCCUGUGUGUGAAGGACACUGCACACACGCUGGUGUACAGCGCGCCGUCACUGGCUGACCUGGUGCUGCAGUCUCACCAUGUAGUACUGGCGGUGGAGCACGCUGCCGACACUUUUGUCUACUUCAUUCAAGAGAAGUGUCCUAAUGCCCAUCUGCUUUGUGCGUUGGACGUUGACCGGGCUCCGUACAUUCUACACAUGGAGUUCCUCAAGUGCUGUUACUGCCUGGUGACCAAGUAUGAUCUCGUUUCCUGGAAUGAUCUGAGGGUGUUCACCACUACAAACUUGCUGCCAUGUUUUAACGUAGAAACCCUGGAUGAGUUCCACAGAUUCAUACGGAAAGGCCUAGCGUCCCAAUCUGCUUUAAGACUUACUGUGAAUAGAUUGUGCACAUUAGUAGAAUGUGUUGCUAAGCAGGAAGUUUGGGAGGAAAUGAACAAUGCGAAAUUUGUUUUCACUGAAAUGUUGGUGAAACAAAAACUUCUUGACAUGUUACGUGGAAAAAUCCUUGAAAUAACAAGAAAGAAAAAGAAAUUCGACAAGAUGCACGACCUUCUGCCAAAAGAGCCGCUGACACGGAUACAAAAACUGAUCCUGAAGAGAAAAAAAGCCCCUGCUGUGGAGAUGGGUGGGGGAGAUAAUACCAAUGAGCCUGGGGUGACAUACCAACCCGAGGAUGGUGUAAUUCAAUCGCAGAGAGAAAAGGAGUUAAUAGAGAUUCUGAUUGACAAGAUUGCGCAACUAGUGCCUGGGGGUGGGGACAUGUGUGAAGCCAAGGACCCUAAGGCAGCCUUGCUGCAAGAGUCUGAGGAUAUGGGCAGACAGAAAGACACACUGCAGGUGUUGUAUGGCAGGCUGUGCAGCAAAUACAGGAGAGAUGGCAUAGACCCGGAGAUGGAUGCAGCACGGUGUCUGUCACAGGCUGUUCUCCUGCCCUGUGUUGCCUUGACACGAGAAGAGGCUAAUUCCACUAAUAAGUUCUACUUUGAAAAUUUUCUUCACCUGAAGUUUGUAGAAAACCUACUGACCGAGUUCUACUCACUGAGAGGCCAUGAUUUGGCAGACUAUAUGUUCACAUCUAUUGCCACGGAUAUAAAGGACUUGGAUGCCUCUAGUCCACUUCUUGCCAUUGUAGUACAGGACAUUGUCAUUAGGAUUGACCAUGUUACCCUGAUAUUGCUGGAGGAUGUGGAUGAUUGGGUGCGAAACGCUGUGAGGAUGGGACCCACUAAAAUGUCUGCUCUUCGCAUAUUGGCUAGGCAGUCAUCAAUAAAUAUUAUGAGGCGGUCUACAUCUGUCAUGAACUGGAGUGGAAUCUACUUGGGAACGGCAACACGUUCAGAAAUGCUGGAACUUCAAGCAGGUUUAGAUGAGGAUAACACUCUAUUGAAUGCCUCAGAUUUCCUGACUCAACAAUCGGAUUACCAUUUUGGGGCUCAACAGUCAUCCAUUUAUAUUAUUAAAUCCGUCAUGAACUGGAGUGGAGUCCAUUUGGGGAAGGCAACACGUUCAGAAAUGCAGGAACUUCAAGCAGGUUUAGAAGAGGAUGACAUUCCAGUGAAUGUGUCAGAUUACCUGAUUGAACAGACUUCUAGACCGACAUUGGAUCUGCCGACUGAACAGGCGCCAUCUACAACCCAGUCUAUCCAGACUUCCAGGCCGGUGUCAGGUCUGCAGUCAGCAACCAAGUCCCAGUCACAAGGUCUGCAGUCAACAACCAAGUCCCAGUCGCAAGGUCUGCAGUCAACAACCAAGUCCCAGUCGCAAGGUCUGCAGUCAACAACCAAGUCCCAGUCGCAAGGUCUGCAGUCAACAACCAAGUCCCAGUCGCAAGGUCUGCAGUCAACAACCAAGUCCCAGUCGCAAGGUCUGCAGUCAACAACCGAGUCCCAGUCACAAGUUCUGCAGUCAGCAACCAAGUCCCAGUCGCAAGGUCUGCAGUCAGCAACAGAGUCCCAGUCACAAGGUCUGCGGUCCACAACCGAGUCCCAGUCGCAAGGUCUGCAGUCAACAACCGAGUCCCAGUCACAAGGUCUGCGGUCCACAACCAUGUCCCAGUUGCAAGGUGUGCAGUCAACAACCAAGUCCCAUUCACAAGGUCUGCAGUCAACAACCGAGUCCCAGUCGCAAGGUCUGCAGUCAACAACCAAGUCCCAGUCGCAAGGUCUGCAGUCAACAACCCAGUCGCAGGGUCUGCAGUCAACAACCAAGUCCCAUUCACAAGGUCUGAAGUUAACAACUGAGUCCCAGUCACAAGGUCUGCAGUCAACAACCAAGUCCCAGUCACAAGGUCUGCAGUCAACAACCAAGUCCCAGUCGCAAGGUCUGCAGUCAACAACCAAGUCCCAGUCGCAAGGUCUGCAGUCAACAACCAAUUCCCAGUCGCAAGGUCUGCAGUCAACAACCAAGUCCCAGUCACAAGGUCUGCAGUCAACAACCAAGUCCCAGUCGCAAGUUAUGCUGGUAUCAGAAAGUGUGCAAGAGGCAGAUAUAGGAUUGAAGAUUGGAAUGCUGGAUGAAGUGCAGAAGAUCAACUCUUUCACUGACAUUAUCAAUGAUGUGCCGAUGUCAGCAAGUGUGGCUGAGGCAGAUACAAAGCCUAAUAUUGGAAUGCAGGAUGAAGUAAAGAUCAACUCUUUCACUGACAUCAUAAAUGAGUUGUCCCCACUGAAGAAGUACAUGGUGUUUGUGAAGAAUGAAGAGAUCAUGCAUAGUGUGGCCACUCAAGGGUGCUAUAUACAGAGACGCCUGGAGGAGUUGAACUACAUACAUCAGGUGCACAUCUCCAAUAUCAUGGAUUCCUACUACAUGCUAGAGGAAGGGGAUGACUCACAAACACUGACAAGGGCUGGCUUGUACCAGCUUGAGCAUGACUGCACAGGGGAGGCCCGUAAACCUCUGCGAGGUUUUGUUAAGUCCCUUAUCCUGCUCCUGCUGUUUGCUUGGAUUGUCCUGUGCACGGUGUAUGUGACAGUCAUCGGAGCACAGUUGGGUGACAAGGAGCUGCAGGAGUGGAUGUGUUACUUCCUUGCCAGUCUGCUAGAGUUUGCCCUCGUGUUGGAGCCUUUGCGGGCUGUGCUAGUCAGCCUGUACGUGAAGAGCCUGCAUUGGAAGUUGUGGAGGGAGUGCAACUGCUGCAGAUGAACACCUACAUUGACAUGUGAGCCUUGUUCUGAUAAAUAUGGGCUUAAUGCAUGUGCGUUAAGUUCUUUCCCAGAUUAGCCUGUGCAGUCCACACAUGCUCAUCUGGGACAACACCUUACGCUUGUGCAAUCAGCUUUGAUUUCCCAGAAUGGUGCACAGCUGGGGGAGCCUUCAAGGGCUGUGCUAGUCUAAGUCAACCUGUACCACACUAUGUGAAAAGGUUGCAUCUGAACAUAUGGCAGUGCAACUGCUGCAGAUAAACACCUGAAUUGACAUAUGGACUUAUUGUUGUUUCACAGUCAAUUUACUUUUUCAAAUCAUGUAUCAUUGAACCGUCUUGUGUGUCAUGUCAGAAUUUUAUACAGUUAAGCACAUUUAUUUCAAACCAAGACUUCAUUGAUUUAUUGAAUUGUGUAUUUGUGCACAGUGUAGUGCACUUUCACAUAUUAUACAUACAUAUGAGCCACGCUGUGAAAAGGGGGUUUAAUGCAUGUAAGUAAAGUGUUGUGUUGUCCUAAUUAGGGAUGACACUUUCUGAUUUCAUGGUAUUUUCUGUUUGAAGGAAGUCUCUUCUUAGAGAAAAUCCAGUUAAGUCAGAAAGUGUUGUCCCUGAUAAGCCUAAUUUGGGACAACACUUUACGCACUUGCAUUAAACCCCCUUUUCACAGAGUGAGGCUCAUAUUUGAUUGAGUAUUUUCAUACGGUCUUAAGAGUGUCCCUGCAGAAUUCAAGUCAUAUAAUGCUCAAAAUGUGUAUUUAUUACCAUCUCUUGUGUCCUCGUAAAAUUGAAGUUUCACUAAAUAGAUUUACUGAAUUUCGUUAUUUUUUCUGAAUGUAGGACAUUUGCCCCUUCGGACAUCUGCCCCUUCAUGAGAUCAGGACUAAAUGGACAUCUGCCCCUUCACUCAAAUUAUGUAGGUGGACAUCUGCUCCUUCACUCAAAUUCUCAAGGUGGACAUUUGCCCCUUCACUCAAAUACUCAAGGUGGACAUAUGCCCCUUCUCUCAUUUUCUCAAGGUGGACAUUUGCCCCUUCACUCAAUUUCUCAAGGUGGACAUUUGCCCCUUCGGGCAAUUUCCCCUCUAUUGCAUUAAUAACAAACAUUUUUUUUUAUCAUUAUCUUUAUUUACUAAUUUUCAAACAUGCAUGCACAUAAUAAUGCUAAUAUAUGACAAUACUAUAAUAGCGCGAGUUUUUAAAUGAACAACUUUAUUUACUAAUUUUUAAACAUGCAUGCACAUGAUAAUGCUAAUAUAUGACAAUACUAUAAUAGCGUGAGUUUUAAAGCACAACUUUAUUUACUAAUUUUCAAACAUGCAUGCACAUAAUAAUGCUAAUAUAUAACAUAAUAUAAUAGCAUGAGUUUUUAAAGCACAUGUCUAAUAAUGUUGUAUCAUUAUCUUUAUUUAAUAAUUUUCAAACAUGCAUGCUCAUGAGUGCUUAUAUAUGAAAAAAUAUAAAAGCAUGUGUGAGUUUUUAGAGCGCUAAGCUAAUAAUAAUUUGUUAAUGAUUAAAAGCACAUACAAUGUUCACAUUGUAUCUAUCAAUUAAUAAACUACUGACACUUGUAUAACUGUGAAAAUAACUGUGAAAACUAUUAUUCAAUUAAAUUAAAGGGGCCUUUUCACAGAUUUUGGCAUAUUUUAAAGUUUGUCAUUAAAUGCUUUAUAUUGAUAAAUGUAAACAUUGGAUCUUAAAAAUCAAGAAUAAAAUUUUAAAAAAGGGCCGGUACCAGGGCUCAAACCAGUGACCCCUCGGAGUCCUGGAGUAAGUCUGAAGUAAAAACGCAAUAGCCCUCUCAGCUAUUCCGCCGGGUAUACACAUUUUAAGUAUUUUAUACUUGAUAUAUAAGCAAUCUUCGUAGUUUCGUAAAUUUAAACGACAACAACAGAACUCUCCAAAUUAUUUAAUGGUUUUGCAUUGCAACGCUUUAUAAUUUUUAGCCGGAUUUUUUUCGAAAAAAUC